CAAUAAAUAGCCAGACAAGUCCUCACCAUUCCUGAACACUUGGAAAGAUGAGACAAUCUCACCAGCUGCCCCUACUGGGGCUCCUAUUGUUUUCUCUUAUUCCAAGACAACAAUGCGAGAUCUGUGAGGUAAACAAGGAAAACAAAGCUGCUCUAAAACCUCUGAUACAUACAAUGAUCAAUUCAAAUUAUACCAAAAGAAUCCAUGCCGCCAAUGCACUGCUGUCCCUCAGACUUUGUGGGUCCCUGAACCAAAGCCAAGAUCAACAUCUGACUGAACAAUUCAUACUCACUGUGAACAGUACAGAGCCAUCUUUAACCUCGGGACAGCUUGCCUUGGCUAUACUGGCUUUGGGAGCAUGUAAAGCACCUGGUGGAAUGUCUAUAAAUUAUUCUGAACUGGUCAAAAGACUAGGAAAUAAAUACAAAGCAGAAAUCAGAAAUAUGGAAGAUCAUAAUGGUAAUCCACUGACUAACUACUACCAGCUCAGCCUGGACAUUUUGGCCUUGUGUCUGUUCAGUGGGAAUUACUCAAUCACUGAAGUUGCUAAAUUCCUCAAUCCUGAAAAUAAAAAUUACUAUUUUCAUGGACAGUUCUCAGUAGAUACUGGUGCGAUGGCUGUCCUGGCUCUGACCUGUGUGAAGAACAAAGCAAGAGGGCAGAAACAAAUAGAUAGAAAGGAUAUAGAGAAUAUUAAUAAUUAUACAGAGUCACUGAUAAACAAGAUUCUGUCUCAGAAAACAGAAAAUGGUCUCCUCGGAAACAUAUAUAGUACAGGAGAAGCUAUGCAGGCUCUCUUUGUCUCACCCAACUAUUACAAUGAAAAUCAAUGGGUUUGCGAAAAAACACGGGAUACAGUGCUCACAGAAAUUUCUCGAGGAGCAUUCCGAAUGCCAACUGCUGCAGCUCAAAUCUUACCGGCCCUGAUGGGAAAGACCUACUUGGAUGUUAACAAAGACUCUUCCUGUGUCUACAGCUCAGAUUCCUUCCACACUUCCACUCAGGAGCCUAUUAUAUCAGUGACACCUGCUGUCUCACCUUCACAAAUCCAAGUAAAUUACUCUGUGGUAAUUGAUAACAGAAAAGAUCGCAUUGUGGUCUCUGUGACAGAUGGUUCUGUCUUCCUAAAUGUGAUGGAACAAGCUCAGAAAGAAAAUCCAACUCUAUUUAGGUUCGAAACAAAGGAGACUGCAUGGGGCCCCUACAUAAUCAGUGUUCGGGGCAUAAAGGCCAGCACUAAUGACAGGACCUACUGGGAGCUCCGGAGCAAUGGUGAACACCUAAACCAAGGAGCUGGUAGUUACAUUGUCCAUGCAGGAGAUGAUUUGGAGGUUCGCUGGAGCACAUACUAAUAAAUUCAAACAGUGGACUUACAGGCAGAGAUUGGCCUCAUAAAUUCCUUUUCUCUCACCUCCAUUUUAAUAGGAGCAUCAAUAACCUCCCCUUCUCUCUUUAUGUGUUCAAUAAAAGAUCAACAA